UGGGCUAUGGAGCCAUGUGGUGAAGGGGGCGGGGGGAGCCCAGUUAGUCGCCCCUGCAGUGCGCAGCCUCUCACUGCUGCCGCUGGAAGGGCCGAGCGCAAAGAGGUUAUUUGUGGUUAGCUUUGAUCCCAAGGGGGAACCUGAAACUCUCACAUUCCUGGCAUAGCAGCCGCCUCUUGCACAGUCCAUCCAACCUCUGUGGCUCGCGGUACAGCUGGAGCAGCGCAGUCUCUCUUCCAGCAGUCACAGAGGCAGGAUCUCUGUGCCGGAGAGCUCUGAGCUGCGUGCGGACUUUUCCUACUUGCGCUCCUGUGAUUUUUCUAGUUCUUCUAAAAACAUUCUUAUUAAAGUUUUGUUUUGGCACUUCGGCUGUGGGGGUAGGAAGGGGACGCCGCCGAUAAGCCAGGAUACGCACGCAUUCUGCAUUUUCUCCUUCCCAAAGAGCUCUCUGUACGGCUAGCUCCCCGGCGACUUCUGUGUGGCUGGGUCAGAAGUUCCAAGGACUGAGGCUCUCAGGCUAUGGGUUGGUGCUGUUAACUGUCCAGGUGAUCCCUCCGUGAGAGCUUGGGCUGUUUGCAGAAGAGCAGAAGCAUGAGAACUGUGGAAGAUUCUUCCGGGACAGUCCUGCACCGGCUCAUCCAGGAGCAGCUGCGCUAUGGCAACCUGACCGAGAACCGAACCCUGCUGGCCAUCCAACAGCAGGCUCUUCGAGGAGGAGGCGGGGGCAACGGGAACAGCCCGCGCUCCUCCCUGGAGAGCCUGACCCAAGAAGAGAGUCAGAUGGUGCAGCAGUCCACCCGGCAGGAGCCCCAGGGCCAGGAGCACCACGGCGACCAUGCCUACUUGGAGAAUGCCCUCUACCGCUUCUACCAGCCGCAGAGCAAGGGCGAAGAGCUGCCCACUUACGAAGAAGCCAAAGUCCACUCUCAGUAUUAUGCCUCGCAGAGGGGACAGCAGGCAGGCCUGCCUUGCCCAGGGGCCCCCGUGGACAAGGAACCCCGCCGGGGCACCGGAGCAAGCAGCAAGCGGCAGGAUGAUUCUCUGAAGGAGCUGAAGCACGGGCACGUGAGGUCGCUGAGCGAGCGCCUCCUCCAGCUAUCCCUGGAGAGGAAUGGUGCCAAGGCAUACAACCACAUGAGCUCCUCCCACAGCUUUCCUCAGCUUUCUCGUCAUUACCAGCUGUCCACUCCUAGGGGGCAUCAUACUGAGGGCCUGGAGCCCCGGGGUCCCCCCCCAGAGUACCCCUAUAUCAUCCCCCCGCAGGAGCCCUUUCCAGGCGGUGACCCCAGGCACUAUUCCAGGGGCAACCCUGAUUUCCAGCAUCCUGAAGUCAGGAUCUUGCAGGCUCAGAUGGCCCAGCCUUUCGCGCAGCAGCAGCAGCAGCAGCAGCAGCUCCCACCUCCACAGCCUGCCCUGUGUCACAGCCCCGUGGGGUCCCUCACCCCAGCUGGGGUGGAGGCCCUGAUGUCAGCACAGGCUGCCUCCACCACCAGCCACCUGGCCCAGAUGGAGGCCAUCCUGAGAGACAACGAGAAGCUCCAGAGAGAGAAUGAGAAGUUGCUGAGGGAGUUCGAGACGUAUAGCGAGAAGGCAAGCCGGAUUCAGAAGCUGGAAACAGAAAUCCAGCGCAUCUCUGAGGCCUAUGAAAACCUAAUGAAAGCUUCUACCAAGAGAGAGACCUUGGAGAAGACCAUGAGGAACAAGAUGAGUGGAGAGAUGAGACGGCUCCAAGAUUUCAACCGUGAUCUAAGAGAGAGAUUAGAAUCUGCAAACAGACAACUAGCCAGCAAGACGCAGGAGGCCCAGGAGGGAAACCAAGGCAUGGUGGCCAAGCUUCUUGCUCAGAACUAUGAGUCUCAGCAAGAACAAGAAAAGAUGGAACGAGAGAUCUCGCUGCUGCGCAGCUCCAACGAGGACCAGCGGCGACGGGCGGAGCUGCUAGAGCAGGCCCUGGGCAAUGCCCAGGCCCGGGCGGCAAAAGCAGAAGAUGAGCUUCGCAAGAAGAAGGCCUAUGUGGAGAAGGUGGAGAGGCUUCAGCAGGCCCUGGGGCAGCUGCAGGCAGCCUGUGAAAAGAGGGAGCAGCUAGAGCUUCGCCUUCGCACCCGCCUGGAGCAGGAGCUGAAGACUCUGCGGACGCAGCAGAGACAGAUGGCGGCGCCGAGCAGCGGAUCCCCUGAACUCAGUGUGCCCAGGCUGUCGGAGCAGCUGAGGGAGAAGGAGGAGAAGAUCUUGGCCCUCGAGGCAGACAUGACCAAGUGGGAACAGAAGUACCUGGAAGAAUGUACCAUGAAGCAGUUCGCCAUGGAUGCUGCUGCCACAGCGGCCGCUCAGCGGGAUACAACCAUCAUCAACCACUCGCCUCAGCACUCCCCCAACAGCAGCUUCAAUGAAGAUCUCCUGCUAGCCAACCACAAGCACCAGGAGAUGGAGAACAGGUUAAAAGUACUCCAUGCCCAGAUCCUGGAGAAGGAUGCUGUCAUAAAAGUACUUCAGCAGCGUUCGAGGAAGGACCCGGGCAAGACCUCGCAAUGUUCUCUGAGACCUGCAAAGUCUGUGCCAUCCAUCUUUGCAGCUUCAGGGACCCAAGGCUGGCAGACCGUGUCAGCCGUCAGUGAAGGACAAGCCGAUGGCCUCUCCUGGGGAGUAGCAGGUCGGGUCCCAGCAGAGGAGAUUCCAGCUGCCCCCCAUCCCUCCCAUGCCAAACAUGGGAGCAAGGAUGGAAGUACUCAGACUGAUGGCCUUCCUGACAGUGUCAUCACCUCCCAGGGACAUGCACCCGAGGGCCCCAUGGGUGGCAGCAGUGGCGGUGGCAGCAACCAUGGCGGAACCUUAACUGAGUCUUCAGCUACAAACAAGACUCAGGACAUGUCUGAGAUGGUGGAGAUCCUCAUUUAAAGAAGAAGCCGACGAUGUGGCCCCCAAAAGAGCUUCGUGCCCGCCUCUGCCUCAAUAGAUCCCAGCAGAUUUCUCUCAGACUACUGGCUCCUGUCUGUCCUCUGACCUAGACCUGGGGAACCCUUUACCCUGCGACCUGGCUGGGCACUCACUCUCUUUGGUCAGAUUUAGGCCAUGGAGUUUGGAAGGAAACUUAAUGAUGCGGGAGCAGGGCUGCUCCCUCAACAAGCCAUGGAAGUCAAGGACUCAGCCUGGACUUGCUGGGCCACAUACGAUUCCACAGGCAGAUAAGGAGAGUUCAGAGAGGGGCUGAGCCCCCCUCUUGAUCCUAACAUGCCUUGAACCAUGAGAGGGAGACCGAAAGACUGGGAAAGUUUGUGGGGAGGGCAGUGUGUGGAGAAGACACCCUCAUCUGGGUCCUGGAAGAACUGGUUGCUCAGUUUCCAAGGAGAGCCAUCUUGUUGGUACCAAAACCUCAGAUGCCAGUUGCCAGAAGUUAGCCUGUGCUUGUGUUUUGCUGGCUCUGCGAGAUUCUUACUCCCCCUCUGUUCCACUUCUGCUUUCAUCUUACAAGGACUGGAAUUUGGUGGGGUGGAUAUGGUUUUUAUUGAUUUAUCAACUGCCCCAGCCAGCUUGCUAAGAGGAAAGUCCCUUAACUCUCUUAGAUUGGACUGUGUACCCUUGGGCUGCACUAGGAGACUUUGUGCUAUUAUUUGUAUAUAAUUCCUUCUUGUGGGGAACAGAAUGGAUAUUUUUCAUUUCAGGUUCUUUCCCACAUGCUUUGUUUUCCCUGUCCCUGUCAGCUGCUGUCUUUGUCCCUUCCUUGUCCUGUUCCUUAAUAUUUGACUUCUUCGUUUUUUUUAAUCCUUUUGAUUGUGGACACCCUGAUCUUUCGAAUGUUUGCCAUCUUAUCCUUUUCCUCCAUUUUACAUCCUGUUUCUUUCGAACUUUAAAUAUCCAUCUGAAGAGCCCUUCAGAUGCCAUUGCCUGCCUUUUGGACAGUCUCCACAAUUCCUGUCAAUGGAAUUUCCCUUCUGUUUGUCUGGUUAUAAACCAUGAGCCAAAUGGAAUGUAUCCGUGUGUAUAUCUGAGUGUGCCCCCUGUGUGUGGUGGAUGUAUCCCAGUGUUCCCUUCUUUCUGUUUCCAUUCAGGGAACAAAUGGCAGCAGCCAUCUUAAGUUCAGCUGAGUUUUUUCUGAGGUCAAAGAACCCUGAGCUAGAAAUGGGAUCAUAAUUUGGAAAAAGAAAAAGAAAGAAAAGAAAAGAAAAAAGAAAACCACCCAUCGCAGAAUUACGAGAUUUAAUUUAAAUCAAUGACCAACAAAACAAAAAAAGGACUUCUGAGAUGGAGCCAUUUAUACAGGCAGAGGAUUAAUUGGAUUUUUUUGGCUGCACAUUUUGGCCCUCACACUCUGAAGUAAUACUAAAUGUACUGAUAUUGUGAAAAUUCUCUUACAUGCCCUUGGCUACUGACAGCUGGCUUCUGGCAGUAGUGGAUUUUGACUUGUGUAUAAGUCGUUCAGCUCAGACCCCAGGAAAAAUGAUAUUUCCCUGGUUUGUCCUUCUGGUUUUCAGCUCUAUCUCUAUAUCUAUAUUCUUCUCUUUGUUUUUAGAUUUUAUAUAUAUAUAUAUAUUUUUUUUUUCUGAUUCCUUCAGUUUCCUUUUUAAAACAUCCAUGCAUUUGCUGGACAACUGCAUUUUUUAUUAUCUACCCUUCCCCACACGCUUUAAAAUGGAUUUGGUUCCUGUGCAUUGUUUACAAAGCAAAAAACAAAAAGCAAAACAAAGCGGAAAAAUAUUGUGAAAGAGGAAGACAACUUAAUAUAUUUUGGAUUAAUAUUGGUAUUUCUUUUAAAAGUAUUUUUUCGUGCUGUGAACUUUUUUCUGCCAAAGACAAUGAUGUUUGUUUGUAUGUUUUAAGUUAUCUUAAGUAUUUAAAAAUGUAAACUUGGCUGUGUUGCUGUGCCACCCUGUACCAGGACUGCUGUAGCAUUCCACUUGGUAUAACAGUAUUUUAAUUAAAAAAAAAGGUAAAAAUGUU